CUCGCCGUUCUCCCGGCUCGAGUCGGAGACAUUUUCGCGCUUCCCCCGGAGUGCGGAGCUCAGCGCCCGGACGGUGGGAGUGAUCCGGAGGGGCGAAGACUCCUCGAUGUUCUCCAUCCCCACUCCAGACACUGACAGUUUUGCACGAUAGCUGUGAUGCACAACUGGCAGGAGAACGAAAUCAAAGAACUUUUGACCAUCCGGGCGUCGGAGGCGAUCCGUCACCAGAUCACGGGCACGGUGAAGGACUCUGCAGUUUACAGCAGGAUGACCAAACUGCUGGCGGACAGGGGGGUGUACAGGACUCACAUGCAGGUGAUCAGCAAACUGAAGGCGCUGAGGAAGCAGUACUCCAAGUAUCACCAGCAGAAGAUCCGCUGCGGUGCCGACCGCGUCGACUGGCCGUUGUAUGAGCAGUGCCACCGGGCUUUCGGGAAGGCCUCCUCCAGCAACCCGGCGAAACGAAAGCGGAGUCCCUCACCCCCCUCCGCGCCCUCUUCCCCACCGCCGCCUCUUCCUCCUCCUUCUCCGUCGGGCAUCUGUGAGAAGCACGAUGAGGUCGUAGUCAGCCUCUGGGACGAGGUCGAAGAGUCGGAGAUGAACAAGCGUUUGGAGCCGGUGGAGGCUGAGGACGACGAGGACGAGCAGUACAGCCCAUCAGAAGCCACAGAGCCCAUCAUCAACCAUCAAACUGACCACCAGUGGAGGAAACGCACAGACCAGUCAGUGCACAAAGUCCCAGCAAAGAGGAAGAAAGCCUCAAUGAUGGACAGCGUCACCACGCUGGUGUCUGCGACAGUCGCCCAGCUCCGAGAGAUGGACGCCGCCAUGCAGGCGCAGGAGGACGCCCGGCUACAGAGGCUGAUGGACCACGAGAAGGAGAUGCAGAACAAUCUAAUGAACCAGCUGGUUGCCAUGCAUGAACGGCUCAACCGAGAAAACCACGAGAGACACAUUGAACUCGUGGACACAAUACUCUCUAGGUUACCUUCACCUUCACCAUCGUCAGGUCUGUGACUGGCGCUUCCUGUGUGAGUGAUGACGAUGUGCCGCAGGGUUAGUGAGGUGGGGGGAGCAAUUCAGGCUCUCUCUCCCGCCAGCUGACGAGUGCCUAAGCCCACAUUCAUUUUUGUUUUUACCAUAUUCUUUAAAAACUGUAAGGAAAGAAAAGUCACUGAAAGCAUCUCAGCUUUAACCUCGACUCUGCUCACACAGGUCUCCGUUACACUACACGCCCUGGUUAACCCUUGAACAACACCAACGUGAACUGACAAAAUAAAGGCACGAUGACAAAACACUAAAAGAAGACAUGAACACUGCACGAUGACAGCCAACUGUAGCACUAUUUUAACACUUCUAGAAAUAUUUGGUGAAACGUAAUUUUUUUAUUUAUUUAUUUAUUUUCCCCAUGCAAAAUGAAAACUAGACUGGCACUCAGAGCACACAUCUCAACCAAGGACCAAUCAAUUGAGUACAAUCCAGUAUCAAACUCGAGAGCCCAAAGUUUUAAACCAUCCAUAAGUGCUUAACCAAGAUUUAAACUCAUGACGUCUUAUCUCACAUGUUAAGGAAACUGAACCAGAUCCUAGAUCCAUUCCUUCAGCCAAACAUUAAUGGGGGUCUGUUCUGGGCCGAGACAUACCGUCUAUCCAGGAUUUGUGGAAAUCUGUUUGGUUGCUUUGGUGUCGUCCUGGUGACAAACCCACCAGCAGGCAAAUGAACACGUCCAAAACACAAACCUCCUGGCAAUACACAUUUUCAAAACAAAAGUCAAAGCAUUUAUAACUAUAAAUUAAACUGGCUCUCUGGACCGUGAAUUGGUGGAUGUUUACUCUUAUUAAAAGUAACGUAUAGCAUAGCGAAAUUCUAACCAAUAAUAUAAAGAUGUAUUCUUACAUAUUAUGGGUGUCACAAUUUUUAAAUGGAGAAUUGAUCUAAGUGAAUGUUCACAAUCAAAUGCAUCAUUGACGAGUACUGAACUAAACUGAUAACACUGUCAAAAAAUCCUUGACUGAUUCACUUUAAGAUUUAGUUCAGACAGGUUUGAUAAAAUGAAAGUCAAAUCAAAUAAUAGAUCAGGAAAAUCAUGACACCCCUGUUACCCUUUUAUAUGACUCAAAAUGUGCUUAAGAAAAUCUCUGUGUGAAUCAGAACAUCAGAUCUGAGUCAUAUUGGCUAAAUAUAUGAAUUUAUGGUGUGGACAUAACCUUCAGUUAACAUGGCAGGAGACGUAUGAGUCCCAAAGUCAUGUGUGGACGGACGCACUUCUUCUUCUACCACCUGAAUCUGUUGGUGUGAACACUGAACCACACUCCUCUGCAAAAGUAAAACCAAUCACACCGACAGCUGCUGCUUUCUGCUGUAGGAAAGUACUGACUAAGUAUGUCCUCUCAGAAGGAGAGGAAACCAAAGAAACCUAUAUAUAUAUAUGUACACCUCUGUAACACUUCAGUAGAAAAAAAACACUGCUCUUCAGUGGAUUCCUGUGUGUAGCACAGGUCAUAAAUACGGUAUGUGAUGCACAUUGUAAGAAUAAUCCGCGCAGUAAAAUUCAGAGGGUUUCAGAAAUAUUCAUUCAGCCAGUCAGUCUGACUUUAUUUGGAUAGCACUUCUCAUUCACAAGGCAAUCAGUAACCCAAAUACAGAUAGUCAUGGACAGAACAAAGGCCAUUUAGGAACAUAAAAUACACAUCAGCUCAGUAGCAGACAUGCAGCCACCGCAGAGAAACUUUUAAGCUUGGUGUAAUGUGUGCUCUCUUGCCGGUCCUAGUCAACACGCAUGCAGCACAAACAUCCAUUCAGAAAUACUAAACACAGCAAAAAAUGUGUCAGUAAAUUAAAACGUAUAAACCAUACGAUUUCCCGCGCUGAUCCAGGAGUCAUUCUUGGCUGACACGAAAUUCCCGGUUGCGUUCACGGUCGUCAGCAAUCCGGGAGAAAACGUGUCAUUGAGGAAAAACACCUUCUGCAUCACACUUCACCCAGUGCACCCGGUUAUAUCCUGUACAUGUUCACAGCAGAGCAUUAAACACAGACUAUGCUGGUGUUGGUUUCACUUUCCAUGUUGGUUUGUGAGAAACAAAACUGAGUCCACCUUGUGAGCAGUUAGACUUUGCUUGUAUGAAUCAGAACUGAGACUUUGGUUUUAUACUUUUGGCUCUGUCAGCUGAGAUGUUAAGUUUUAUUGUAGAUACUUUUAUACUGUUAUAUACUGUUACAAGUGUGUUACUGUUUUACAUUCAUUGUUUUAACUUUUUUUAUUUCAUUGAUGGAACAAUAAAGUUUUCAAUUUCAAACUGAGGCCACGAAAUAUAAAAGUGAGGAUGUGAUAAAG